AUGCUGGUUAUAAAACUUAUCGUUGCACUGUCUACUUUAGAAGUCUACUUGUGUCAUCCAUAUUUUCGAGGGACACUUAAAAGAAGCCUGCUGCCAGGAACGAGACUUAGAUUUUUCAAUAGAAUUCCUUUAAAUAAAAGACUCGACCUAAUAAAUCCCUUAAAUUUUGAAGCUGGCCACCCCAGAACGGUAUCGAAAAAAAAUGGGAUAGAAUUAUUGUUUGCAAGACCAACUCUUUUGCAAGCAGUAUUUAAAUUGUAUGCAUCAAAGGAAAGACACAAAAGGCAGACUAAUGAUCACGAAAAGGACCUUAUGCAAUCUUUUGGUGGGGAUAACGUUAAUUCAGAAAAUACUGAAAAUAACCACCAUUACAAGCCUCAAGAAUCUAGUAAUCCACGUAAUGGAGUUUACUAUCUCAUUGACUGGAAUACUUUUUUGGAGGUAGAUGAUACCAAAGGACAAAGUGUUCAUUUACGAUUUCAGCCAAAGGUUGGAGAUCCCAAAAGAUUUUUUUUGUAA